GAGAAAGUGCACCUAAAACUUGGCUAAUUUUUGUGUACCAAAAUAAUGAAUGAGGAGAACCAGAGACACCCUAUCUAUCUCCCCCGCGCGACGCUAGUAUUUAAAAUUUGGAAACAAAAGAGUCACAACUGUGACCUGAGAAAAUUCCAUGGCUACUCUUCAGUCUUGUUCCUUUUCUUCACUUCACUGCUUUCCCUCUGCAAAGUACUCUCGAGCUCAGCCAAGGAUUUUGCGAUUCCAUUGCCGAUCCAGCAGUGAUAAUAAGGAGGAAUAUUUGCUGGAUGCUCCAGUUUCAGUUGGGGACGGCUUUUCUUUUAGCGGAGGGAAGUAUUCAGACGACCCAAGUCCUGCUGACGAAUGGUUCAACCAAGGAAAAUUUGUGAAAGCUCAUCCUGUCUCUGGGACUGGGGAGAAGGCAAAGGAUCCCAUAUUUGGACUUACAAUGGGUGGGAGUUCGCAGGCGUCAUCUGAUCUUUUCAGAUGGUUUUGUGUAGAAACUGGAAGCUCUCACAAUUCUCCCAUUCUAUUACUCCACGGGUUACCAUCACAGGCAUACUCUUAUCGCAAAGUUCUUCCCAUUCUUGAGAACAAAUAUCAUGCUAUAGCACUUGAUUGGCUGGGAUUUGGAUUCUCGGAUAAGCCCCAACCAAAAUAUGGAUUUGACUAUACAUUGGAUGAAUAUGUGGCAUGCUUGGAAUCUGUGAUCAAUGCUCUUACUGACAAAAAGGUUACUCUUGUAGUGCAGGGAUACUUCUCACCAAUUGCAAUCAAAUAUGCUAGCAAUCACCAGGGAAAGCUGAACGGUCUUAUACUUCUAAAUCCGCCACUAACUAUAAAACAUGCCAAUCUGCCGUCAAGCUUAUCUGUUCUGAGCAACUUCUUGUUGGGGGAAAUUUUUUGUCAGGACCCUCUUAGAGCUAGUGAUAAAACAUUGCUGAGUUGCGGUCCUUACCAAAUAAAAGAAGAUGUGGCAAUGGUUUACAGAAGACCUUAUCUCACAUCUGGUUCUGCAGGGUUUGCAUUAAAUGCGAUAAGCAAGGCAAUGAAAAAACAACUUAAGGGCUAUGUCGAGGACACCAGAGAAAUACUUAUGGACAAUAACUGGUCAGUUCAGACAACAGUUUGCUGGGGACAAAGAGACCGCUGGUUAAGCUUUGAUGGUGUAGAAGACUUCUGCAAGGAAUCAAAGCAUCGACUAGUUGAACUUCCUAUGUCAGGGCAUCACGUUCAGGAGGAUAGUGGUGAAGAAUUAGGUCAACUCAUUGCUGGAAUUGUUGGAAAAGAAGCAGCACUUAGUGGUUGUGAUGAGAUCUAAUCUAUGGAUUAAAUAGGCAGUCCAUCUGUUCAUAUAUACACACACACACAUCAGUGUGUUUGUUAAUUGUACAACAUGACAUAUAUCUAAUAUUGUAAUGCUGCAUGAGAUAACACCAAAAUGGUUAAAUUUCAUUUUUAAGCUGCUUGACAGCUUUGUAUUUUCAUCAA